AUGAAAGCAGGAAACAUCCUAGGACAACUCCUAAGCAAGAACCCGAAGAUAGAUAGUCCCAGCUUCUGGGAAAGCCUCGAUAAGUACUGUACAGAAGGUCCCUACCAAGAAACAAAGCUUUCCAUGAAGGCAAAACAAAACUUAUCCGCAGCCAUUAAGUACGCUUGCUCUACCAUCGAUAAGAAUACAUACUCCGAUAUUGUUAUCAAAUGGUUAAAUACCAUUAUCGAUAAUAGUGCCAUCUUAUCGAAUUUCGGAGAGAAAGAAUACGCCUUCUACCAGACUGUUACGGCAUUCUCUACAACUGUACUUGACAAGGAACCUUCCCAAGUCAAUACGAAACGCCAGCUUGACCUUAUUGCUACAUUAUUCCAUUUGAUCGACGAAUUCCCCAUUUUCCAUGACCAAAUAGGCGAAGAAGUUGCUACACUAUGCAUAAACAUGAUACUUAAGAGGAGCGAGGAAGUAGAAUUGGUCAACAGAUGCCUGUCAUUAUUAUUUAUCGUUAUUGACAACGAUAAUGUCCGAAAAUCCCUCAGCGAUAAGACAGAGGAGUUCUCUAAGCUCAUUUCCACCUCUCAUUACCCACGUUUACAGCUUCAGUUCCUUGAAUUAUUCUUCAGAAUCCAAACCUCCAUUUCUGGAUUCGAUUGCACCACUACAGAUACUCAGAACUUCAAUGAGUCCUCCCACCAGUGCCUUCUGAAGGUCAACGGAGCUUCGAAGGAGCCGAUCUUCAAUAUCAAAUUCAAUUCUCUUGCCAAUUCCAACAAGAAAGAGUUCGGAAAUGGUUGGCUCGACAUUGGAUUUGACGACAUGAUCAUCUGCUUCAACGAUUCCGUCAUUACCAUCAAAUUUGAUGAUAUCGACGGUCUUGACUCCUCCGAUGGCAACUUAUCAGUGACUGAUGCAGAAGGAAUCCCACAACUCGAAGUCCCAGCCGGUGGACAAUUCACCAUCAUCCCAGAUAUCAAGAUCGAACCUCCCCAAAUGGAACAGAUCUUCAGCAGAAUCUCAUAUGGCGAAUCUGUCUCCAAUUCACAGAAUCCACAGCUCGAAUCUAAUAUUCCAAUUCCUCCUCCACAACCAGUUCAAGAACAACAUCCAAGGUCAUCAGUUGCUCCUCCAGAGAUGGUCAACAAAGAAGAAACAAUCCAGAAACCGAACAAAGUCAGAUCUUCAAUUGCUAUGUUUGUUCCUGACAAAGAAAGAGAACAACAACAAACAGUACAAUUAGAAGACACAAAUGACUUGUUCGAGGACAACUUUAGUGAUAACGAUAGUAUCGCUAAAAGUGUUGAUUCAAACAUCAUUCCUCCGCAGCAACAGAUUGAACAGAAGAUAGAAAGUAUCAUUGAAGAAGAAGAGGAUGAAGAUGACAGCACAUAUCAGCCACCUGUUGAAUCAAUUCCUUCUCCUGUUGAAGAGAGUUCUGAGAGUCAGGAAUACGAACCUUCUCCUCCUUUGUUAGAGAUAAACAUUGGUCAAUCAUUAGUUGCAGAAAAAUCUUCAAAAACACAGGAAGAAACUGCUAAAAAUGAUUCUCCACCUUCAUCACCGAAACAAUUGAUGCCGAGUGUAACAGAUAACAACGUUUUCGGUGAGUUACCAAUGAAUGUCUCUAAUUGUCUCGAAGGAGGACUAAAAAGUCUCUCUUUGACAACUUUGGAACACGUCAAAGUUUUCUCUGAAUUACUUAAGAGACACGUUGACAGAUUCAGAGAUGAUAUGACUGCAAAGAUAAGAGAGAGAGAAACAGGAUCUGUCAAACAGUUGGAGACAUCGAAGUCUAAUUUCCAAGACAACAUAUUGGUGUUUAAGAGGAAAGAAGCUUCAAUUCAUCAGUCUCUCAAUGGUUUCGAAGACAAAACAAGAGAAAUCUCCGCUCAGUUGACUUCUCUUCAGAAAUCAAUGAGACAAAACAUUUCUUCCCACAGAAAAGCACUCGAAGCGAAACUUGCAAUGCUCAGAAAACAGGCAAGAAAUGACACUUCUGAUGAUGAAGCAUCUGAAGCCCUCGACAGCCAAGAAACUGAAAGCGAGUUCUAA